AUGCAACAUCACACUGUUCUUCCUCCGAUUAAAUUCCUUCUUUCCCCUACCGAGGAUGUUCAUGGUAACGCCAUACAAUUUUCUUCUUACGAUCGUCACGCUGGUAGUAUUAGACCCUUGCUCUCACCACCAGAAUCGCCUGAAAUAGCCUCCUCUUAUGGCUCUCGACAAGUUCAACACCAUGAUGAAAGAUAUAUAAAUCUUCAAACUUCUGAACAACAAUGUUCUUGCUGCGUCGGCCGAUCCACGCCCACCUACCAAUCCUCUUCGUAUAAUCAGCAAUCACCUUCCA